GAGUGCCUUGGACGGCGCUGAAGCUUGCAAGUGGAAACAGCAGCCGCGCGGCGCGCUCCUGUAGAAAGACAAGCCAACAGAAGAGAUGUAGCGUAGCUUUGCUGGGACUUGGUGUGCUCAGUCGUCUGUGGCUCUUUGACUGCGGAGCAUUUUGGCCGAAUCUCAUCGCAAAAUGGGACGAGCCGCUUGUAAUCUUUUGCACUACGACGCAGUGUGAAUGUGUCGCGUAAUGCGAUCGCGAGGAGGAGUUGCCUUUUGGGGGGGAAACGUUGAUGUUGCGGGACGCUUUUCGCCGCGGAGGAGCUAGUUGCUAGUGCUGGCUAGUGGCUGGUUGCGGCUACUCGGGACGUCUUUUUUUUUCUCGCAAGGAUGCUCCGAUGGAUACGACAGCAGCUGGGCUUCGACCCGCCCCACCAAAGCGACACCAGGACGGUUUAUGUCGCAAACCGCUUCCCGCAGCGCGGUCACUACAUACCUCAACGUUUUGCCGACAACCGAAUCAUAUCAUCAAAGUACACCAUUUGGAAUUUUGUCCCCAAGAAUCUGUUCGAGCAGUUCAGAAGGAUAGCCAACUUUUACUUUCUCAUCAUCUUCCUCGUACAGUUAAUGAUUGACACGCCGACUUCCCCCGUCACGAGCGGUCUGCCCCUUUUCUUUGUCAUCACGGUAACGGCUAUCAAACAGGGCUACGAGGACUGGCUGAGACACAAGGCCGACAACGAGGUGAACGGCGCCCCCGUGUUCGUUGUCCGCAGCGGAAGCCUGGUCCAGACAAGAUCCAAGAACAUCCGGGUGGGGGAUAUCGUACGCGUCGCUAAAGAUGAGACCUUUCCGGCCGAUCUGGUGUUGCUGUCAUCGGACCGUUCGGAGGGCACCUGUCACAUUACCACCGCCAGCCUCGAUGGAGAGACCAAUCUCAAGACGCACUUCUCGGUAGCAGAGACGGCAGUCUGUCAGUCGGUGUCCCGACUGGAGACCUUGCAGGCUGUCGUCGAGUGUCAGCAACCGGAAGCUGACCUCUACAGGUUUGUUGGUCGAAUAACAGUGACUCAGCACGGGGAGGACGUUGUCAGACCACUAGGUCCGGAAAACUUGCUGCUACGAGGGGCCAGGUUGAAAAAUACCAAAGAGAUAUUCGGUGUCGCAGUUUAUACGGGGAUGGAGUCCAAAAUGGCCCUCAACUAUAAAUGCAAGUCUCAGAAACGCUCUGCAGUGGAGAAAUCAAUGAAUACCUUCCUAAUCAUCUACCUGGUCAUCCUGCUGGUGGAGGCCGUCCUCAGCACCAUUCUGAAAUACGCCUGGCAGGCUGAGGACAAAUGGGACGAGCCCUUCUACAACCAAAAGACCGAUCAAGAGAAAAACAGCAGCCCGAUUUUGAAAUUCAUCUCAGACUUCUUGGCAUUCCUGGUUCUCUACAAUUUCAUCAUUCCCAUCUCACUCUAUGUUACUGUGGAGAUGCAGAAGUUCCUUGGUUCCUUUUUCAUAGGCUGGGAUUUAGACCUGUACCAUGAGGAGAGUGACCAGAAAGCUCAGGUCAACACCUCAGACCUCAAUGAAGAACUCGGCCAGGUGGAAUAUGUGUUUACCGAUAAGACGGGCACCUUAACAGAAAAUGAAAUGCAAUUCCGGGAGUGUUCCAUCAAUGGGAUCAAGUAUCAGGAAGUGAACGGCAAACUUGUGCCGGAGGGUCGAACUGACGAUUCGCCGGAUGGCUCGACGCCAAACUUGGUAAGAGCGACUCGACUCUACAUAGGGCGUGCGUGUCUUGAAUUUCAAAUACAAAUAUACACAUUGUAUUUUUCUCCCCCCCCCCCUCCCCCUUUAGUUGGAGAGGAAUUGCUAUUUCUCAAAGCGGUGUCAUUGUGUCACACAGUCCAGAUCAGCUACGACCAGCCAGACUGCCUCUCUGGCGCAGGAGAUCCAUUCUCCCACGUCAACGGAUUUUCCGCCAACGAAAUGGAAUAUUACGCUGCCUCACCAGAUGAGAAAGCUUUAGUGGAGGCAGCGAAGAGGAUCGGCGUGACCUUUACCGGGAUCAGAGGCGACACGAUGGAAAUCAAAACGUUGGGCAAAGCAGAGAAAUAUAAGCUGCUCCACGUGUUAGAGUUUGAUGCCAACCGCAGACGGAUGAGCGUCAUACUCGAGAGCCCUUCAGGUGGCAAAGUGCUGUUCACCAAGGGAGCAGAGUCGGCCGUCCUUCCUUUCGCCACCAGCGGGGAGAUCGAAAAGACGAGAAUUCACGUCGAUGAGUUUGCCUUGAGAGGAUUACGGACCCUGGUGGUCGCGUGUCGCCACUUCAGUCCGCAGGAGUAUAUCGAGGUGGACAAGCAUUUGAACAGCGCCCGCACGGCGCUGCAGCAGAGGGAAGAGAGACUCCAGCAGGCCUUCGGCUACGUCGAGAAAAACCUGCGAGUCCUCGGAGCCACGGGGGUGGAAGACAAGCUCCAAGACAAAGUUCAGGAGACCAUCGAGUCCCUGCGCCUGGCGGGAAUCAAAGUGUGGGUGCUGACGGGCGACAAACACGAGACGGCGGUCAGCGUCAGCCUCUCCUGCGGUCACUUCCACCGAACCAUGAACGUCCUGGAGCUGCUGCAGCAACGCUCGGACAACGAGUGCGCCGAGCAGCUGCGCAGGCUGGCUCGAAGGAUCAAAGAGGACCACGUCAUCCAGCACGGACUGGUGGUGGAUGGAGCCAGUUUAUCUUUGGCUUUGAGGGAACAUGAAAAGCUCUUUAUGGAAGUUUGCAAAAACUGCUCGGCGGUGCUGUGCUGCCGCAUGGCCCCCCUGCAGAAGGCCAAGGUGGUGCGUCUUUUAAAAAGCUCCCCAGAGAAACCGAUCACUUUGGCCGUCGGGGACGGAGCCAACGACGUCAGCAUGAUUCAAGAAGCCCACGUUGGCAUCGGCAUUAUGGGAAAGGAAGGUCGCCAGGCCGUGAGAAACAGCGACUAUGCAAUUGCCAGAUUUCGAUUUCUGGCAAAACUACUGCUGGUCCACGGUCACUUCUACUACAUUCGAAUCGCCACACUCGUGCAAUACUUUUUCUAUAAGAAUGUGUGUUUUAUCACACCCCAGUUUUUAUACCAGUUCUUCUGCCUGUUUUCACAGCAAACCCUGUACGACAGCGUUUAUCUGACGCUGUACAACAUCUGCUUUACCUCACUGCCCAUCCUGGUCUACAGUCUCUUUGAACAGCUUGUUCAUCCACACGUCCUGCAGACUAAACCGGUCCUGUACAGAGACAUCAGCAGGAACGCUCUGCUAUCUUUCCGGACGUUCCUCUACUGGACGGCCUUGGGCUUCUGUCACGCUUUUGUCUUUUUCUUUGGCUCCUACACGCUGAUGGGUGAAGACACCACGCUGAUGGGCAACGGGCAGAUGUUUGGCAAUUGGACUUUUGGGACGUUGGUCUUCACGGUCAUGGUCAUCACUGUCACGUUAAAGCUGGCAUUGGAGACUCACUUCUGGACAUGGAUGAACCAUUUUGUGACGUGGGGCUCAAUUGCCUUCUACUUCAUCUUCUCUCUCUUCUACGGAGGAAUCAUCUGGCCGUUCCUCCACACGCAGGACAUGUAUUUUGUCUUUGUGCAACUGCUGUCCAGCGGCUCGGCCUGGUUCGCCAUCAUCAUCAUUGUCGUCACGUGCCUAUUUCCCGACGUGGUGAAGAAGGUCUUCUACCGACAUCUGCGGCCCACCGGCACACAGAAGAGUCAGUCUUUGUCAUCGCCCCAGGCCAAGGCCCUCAGCUGCGUGGAGUCCCUGUGCUGCUACCAACACGGGCAGAGCGGCUGCUCCCGGCUGGCCCGCCACCUGGAGCAAAUGAGCGGACGCUGGCCAAGCGCCAGCAACCACUGCGACGACGCAUCCGGUCGCGGCAGCAGGGCUUGGACCGACGCGGACAACUUCUACUCCAAUGAUCGCAGUGUCCUGACGCUGUCUCCCAUCGAGGUCUCCCGUUGCUGAGCUGAACUCCCCCCCUCAACCCCCCCUACCCCCCACCACCCACAACCCCUUCGCCCCGUCUUCAAAGCUUACUUGGGUGGAAGUCCACUGCGGACUCAGCUGGAGCCGCUCAUGAAACCAAAGGACACUUGUGGACCUGAACAGUCGAAGGUCCUCGGCAACGCAUGAAGCUCAUUUGCGGACGGCAUAUCGCGUCACAUGCGAGCUAGUUGGGGGGGGGGGGGUCUGUUUUUCGUAGUAGCAUGCGUCACGAGCUGACUAAGGAACUGCCAGACGUCCACGUGGCCUGAAGCUCCGGACUCAACGCCCAAAAAGGUCUUCCAUCGGCACUCCCAAACCACGCUGCGGCGUGAGCAGCGCCCAAACUCCCGAUGACCUUUGCCGCCACCAUCCGGGCGGCGAUCUGCACUUUCACGUUUACGAAAUGGAGUAAACGCCCCCCCGCCCGCCCGCCCCCCAGCCCGUAGCAUCCAGCAGCCGCCGGCUGAUUCCUUUCGCCUCGAUACCAAAGAACUGCGUUCUUUUUGUGCCUGCCCGCGCACGCGCUUGUGCGGCUUUCUCGUCUCGAUUUCUCCCGACCUCAAAAGUGUGUUGUGGAAGCCAUUUUUUUUUUCCAGGAAGAUGGUGGCUGUCGAGGUUUUUUUCGGGGGGGGUGUUGUUUUUUGCCUUUGUCACUCAGCCUGGCGACAAAAAGGCGUCUGUCCGUCCGUCCGAGGCCGGGAUGCUCCACAUCCUUCCCUUCCGAUAUGUCCGAUCGAUGGCGAUCGAUAGCGAACGGGCAGACGCCUCGGCUCGUCCCGACUGACGCACGCCGACUCUUGACCGACGAAUGUUUCCGUCUCCCUUUCAAACGCCGUUUUCGUGUCUACAAGUCAUCUCGUUCAUUUCUUCAGUCACGCUUCCCUUUCAUUUUUUGUAUUUGUGCUUUUGGACGUGACGUGACAUGUUAUUUUUUCCAAGAUCCUCCAUGGGAGAGCCUUUCCUGGUCCGGGGCGCGUCAGUUCAUUUUGCCGGCCCGUCCUUCUCCAGCGGCCCGAGACGCCCGGCCGCCUUUGUCAAUCUGUCGUUCUUUCAAGCCUAACAAAAAUUCCGUCGUCGCUGCUAUUUGAAGUCACUUGUCUGUCAGUCCUUCAUGGUUCAAUAUGAAAAUGGUUCAGGAAAAUCUUAAAUUCGUUGAAGGGAUGAUUUAUUCAGGAGGCUACUCAAAUGUCAUGGCCCUAAAAACCCGGCCGGAGUCUCCCCUCCAUCGGAACGGUUCGACCCCAACCCGUCAUCUGCCGCCACGCAUCGCGUCACUUGAAAACAAUGUCAAAGGAAGUUCAGGAUUGAGAACGUCUGAUGUGUGAUUUUGUGUAUUCAUUAAUCAUGUCUUUUGUUUUUGUUUUGUUUUGAAGUCAGCACUCCGUUAUAGUCCAUCGGUCCCGACCCGGUUUACUGACCAUGACGUUAACGGUCGGAAAGCCACUUCUGUCGCUGCUUGGUCCGUCCCCUUUCUCAACGUUUCCAGUCAAUUGUUGGCAAAACGGGAAUCCGUCGUUUGAUGGGUUGUCGGACCUUCUCACCUCAGGUUGAACUAAACCAAACGCGCAAACAAUACGGUCUAGGUUUUUCCCAUCAUCAAGGAGAACUAGAGGCUGAUUAGUCUUCACCUGAGAAUCGAAAGCUAUUUCUGGGAGAUGAUUUCUCAGCCAUGCGAUCCGCCCCUCCGCCCCCACCCCCGACCAAACAAAAUCAUGUCAUACAUCUGCGGCGUCUCAUGAAGCCAUGAUAUCUUCGUACAAGUAUAUUGGCACCUAACUGAAAACGGUUUUUCUAUUAUAUGAAUGCUGUCGAUGUUAAGUUUGCGUUUCCAAAUGUUCUAAGUGGGAUCCGCUAGCUGUGUCCCUGACGCAGAACUGCUCCGUGACUUAGGUCUGAAAUCAAAAUGUUCACGUCACUUGGGAGAUAGUCCCUUUUUUCAAUUUGAUUUGGAACGAGUGGCGAUUAUGCAGUCCUAAAUUAUUCAAAAAGCCGGCCAAAAUGAAAAAUGUGAACCGAUCUCGUGUGUUGUGCAUCAGCACGCGGCUGAUGUGGCUCAGCACGGAGGUUAACGGGGGAAUCAUUUGGACUUUCACUCCUGUCGGCUGAUGUCUGUUGUCUGUCAUUCCUCUUGUUAUACUGUCUUACUGCUAAUGUGUAUGAAAAUGCGGUUAUAUUUAUGAAAUAAAUACAUUUUUAAGCAA